AUGGAGCUCAAGACGAUUCUGAUCCUUACCGCGAUUUACAUUGCCGUUCGCAUAUUCCUCAAGACCAGAAACUCUUCAGCCCCCAUCAUGGCUCACGGAAAGGUCACCGAGAUUGACAACGCCGUCAUCUUCAAGGCCCUCACCUCCUCCGGCCCCGUCGUCGUCGACUUCUUCGCUACGUGGUGUGGUCCCUGCAAGGCUGUUGCUCCCGUUGUCGGCAAGCUCAGCGAGCAAUAUAACAACGUUCGUUUCAUCCAGGUGGACGUGGACAAGCUGCAAUCCGUGGCGAAAGAGCUCAGCGUGAAUGCUAUGCCUACCUUUGUGGUGUUCAAGGAUGGCAAGGAAGUUGACCGUGUCGUUGGUGGAGAUAUGAAGAAGCUCGAGACCCAGAUCAAGGCGAUCACCGCAUAA